AUCCCAGGAACGUCUGUAGUGAUCAAGAAGGGAGUAGAUGUGAUAAUUCCCAUUUACGCAAUCCAUCGUGACCGAAUGCACUGGCCAGAUCCCGAUCUUUUCAGGCCAGAACGUUUUUUGAAGGGACAGCCAAAGCCUGGAACAUAUCUACCCUUUGGAGAUGGAUCGAGAAUGUGCCCUGGGUACAAAUAUGCCUUCUUAGAGCUGCAAAUGAUUAUGACAUUCCUCAUCAAGAAUUACGAUAUUGUUCCUUGCGAAACAACACCACCACCUAGGGAACUUCGGUUCCUGGCGAGAGGGGUUUUGCUCCACCCGGAAAAUGGAAUUUUCAUGCGGAUUAAAAGAAGACGUAAAAUUUAAACGAAGUUCUCACGGAUUGUAUAUUAAGUGAGUACCUCGUAAGUUAGAAGUUUUCAGUUUCAUUGAUGAAUUUCACUAAUUCGUGUUUUCCCCAAAACUCACUUCCUGCAGGAUCCAUUUAUAUGGCAUUUUGGAUGUUGGUGCCAAAAAAUUGAUGAUAUAUAUAGAAUAAAGGAAAAAAUCAGGUGGUAGGAGUAAGAAAAGUAUAUAUAUGGCAAAAAGUCAAUUGGAUUACAUUUUUCAAUAAGGAACCACUAUCUCUGGCUCUCCCAUAAAAACACUUAUCUGGAUAGGGAAACCAAUGGCGUGUAUGUUGUUUCUAUAAUGGGCCCGAAAUAGUGGUUCCUUAUUGCAAAAUGUAAUCCAAUUGGUCUGUUGCGCGCAGGAGAUACAUUAAAAAAAUAUGCUCUUAACAAGUAAAAUCCCAAAUUAUCACGUUUAGCACGUCAAAACAGUCUGAAAUCCAUUCCAUAGUGCGCAUCUGCAUAGUUUGUAACGUGCUUUUCCAGGUUUUCCGCGUCUGCGCGCAGUUUUUCUCAGUCACAGCCGACCACGUUUGUACAGGAAAA